CCCUUUGUUACUUGCAACAUAUACAUCAUCGUGAUUGAGGAGCUUGGGAACUAUAGCCACAGCGAGCUUAGAGGUAACUCCGACAGGCCGAACAGCACGCUUGAGAUAGUUCUCAAUUCGACAAUCGAUAUGUCAGCAUUUCAGCAAGCGCUUGCCAAUGCUCAACCUCAAGCGUCUGGCUCUGGCUCCGGGUCCUCGCUCUCCAUUCGUGGAUCAGCUGGUGAGGGACCCUCAGCCAGGACUCUGGGGACAGCUCUGCGUCAAGCCGGUAUCUCGACGCAGGCUGGGAUGGAAGUGGACGGCGGCAGGGGCUCGAGAGGGAAGCGGGCUUCUGUUCAUGGACGAGGACCGUUAGACCAGAAGCGCAGGCGUAUUGGAGGGGGGGACCGAUGGGAGACGGAUCUGUCUGGAGCUUCGCGGGUGGUCGAUUUGCAUCUGAAUUAUCCCUGGUUAUCCUUUCAGACCGCUCCCUUAUGCUCUACCGGUCGCCAUAGGCCUCCCAAAAAUCCUUAUGACAAACCUGCUCCACCGUCUGCGCAUUCUGGACCAGGUCGGCCUGUCAGGGCUCGGGGCAGCACAUCCUUGCCUUCAGCACCUCACAAGACCAAUCUCAACAACCUGCAUCCACGGCGUCAGCCCGAGGGUACACCUCCGAUACUCAAGAAGCGUCAAACAAACGAGGAUCGUCAAGCUCAGGCGACAUCACACGCUAAAUUAAACGAGAAACUCGGCAGUCAGGAGAUGAAAGACUGGCUCGGGGCUAGGAUGAUUUCUGAGGGCGUCAUGAAUAUGGCGAACCUUGGUGAAGACGCUUGGUUGAAAGAGAAUGGAAUCCUACCACCAGGCGCCAGGAACGCCCCUGGCAAUGCCGGUGCAGUUUUCUGGCGAUUGAUCGAUCAUGUCAUACAGAGGGCCCGUAACAUUCCCAUCCAUACGCUGUCGCUGGCCAACAACGACUUUCACUCCCUGCGACAGCUGGACAAGCUGCCAAACGCGCUGCCUCAUUUGCGAGCACUUGAUCUCAGUAAUAAUCCAAUAGCCAAAUUUACCGAGUUGGAGGUUCUGCUAGCCUCGGGGGAGAAGAAGGGCAAGGCUACGGCCGGUGCGGGAGGUUUGAAGAGCUUGAUCGAGCUUAAGUUGAACGGCUGCACGUUCCGCGAGGAAGCCCUGGCCAGACCGAAAGGCGACGAUACAUACAAGCAUGAAAUUCUCCGAAGGUUUCCUGGCCUACUUAUCCUCGACGGCGUCAACUUAGACCGUAUAGUCUUUCCGAUUUACCGCAAACCUCAGGUCCGGCGCAGCGAACAGGAGAAAGAGGAUUUGCGGAAGAAGCCGUUCUCUUUUCCGAUGGACGCUCAGGGUGGUUUCAUCGACAACGAGAUCGUCAAGACUUUCGUCAUGCAGUUUUGCGCCAAGUAUUUCCCGACGUUCGACAACGACCGAGCCAGUAUUCUGCCUGCCUAUGCUCCCAACGCCACUGCCUCCGUCUCAUCCAACACCCUCAUCUCCCGAUCGUGGCUUCAACAAAACGAUGUCAUGGCCACGAGAUCUCAAAGACCCAAAGCGGUCGGAUUUGAUGCAUGGACGUCACUGCCUGGACGAAACUUUUUACGUACCGCUACGAGUAUAGAUCAGCGGAUGAAGACGCUCAAGUCGCCAAUGGACUCUCAAGAAUUUCUCAGGUUCUUCUCUACGGCUGUACCCAAGACAAAACACCCAUUAGACGAUUCUACCAAGUGGUGCAUCGAUGCUUGGGUACUAGGAGGUGAGGGUGUUGAUACGAGAUUGUGUGCGAUGAUCCAGGGGGAGUUCCAAGAAAUGCCCUCCGCGACAGUGCGAUCGUUCUCGCGCACCUUCAUCCUUGCCGACGCGCCUCAAGGGUCACCUGCCCACUCGAACGGAUGGCCAGCGACGAUCCUAUCUGACACCAUGGUGGUUCACUCGUACAUGUCGACGGGUCAAUACGAUGAUAAGCGAUCACUGGCGAAGCACGGUGUCACCAUUGUGGCACCAAAUCUCAGCAACAGGGAUCAACUCGUGACACAAAUGCGGACGCGGACGGGCAUGAAUGCUGAAUACGCUCAAAUGUGUCUGAACGAGAAUGGAUGGGAUUUCGAGAAGGCGGUGGCCAACUUUGAAGUACUCAAGGCGACCAUCCCGCCUGAGGCGUUCCAAUAAAAGUGAACCCUGUCAAUAGUUAUAAUGAAUUGCAUGUCCGGAUGGGAUGAUGG